AAAGAUCAGUGAACGCCUUAAUAAUUCACGCGACGCUCGGUUGACGCGACGACUGCGGAUCCGGGAGCAGCUUUCGUUAAAAAGCCUGACGCCGCCGUUGGAGCUGACAUUGCCUUCUUUGCAGAUAACAUCGAGAAGCUCUCCUUUAUUUCGUCCUUUGGUGUGCUACCUGAGGUGGAUGUAUCGCCAGGUGCUCGUGCUCGCGGUGUUUGCCGCUCUUCUAAGCGGUUUUCCAGCAUCAUGCGCUCGUAAUUUAAACCACAGACCAAUCAUCGGAAUUUUAGCCCAGGAAAACUUAGAGGAAGACCCUCAUGCUCGGGGCAAUUCUUAUAUAGCUGCAUCGUAUGUGAAACACUUGGAGUCGGCUGGUGCCAGGGUUGUACCAAUUCGUAUAAAUCGAACAGAGGAGGAGUAUGAAAAACUGUUCAACGCAAUAAACGGUUUGCUGCUUCCUGGUGGGAAUGUGGACAUCGAAAAGUCUCAGUUUACCAGAGCGGCGAAGAUCUUCUAUGAACUCGCAAUAAAGGCUAAUGAUGCUUCGGAUUAUUUUCCGAUCUGGGGCACCUGCCAGGGCCUCCAGCAGCUCACGGUUCUGACCAGCAACAAGAACUUGUUGACCUUGACCGAUACCAAAGCAGUCGCCCUGCCUCUGACCUUCAGCCCAGGAGCUCAAAACAGCAGGCUGUUCAAGAAGUUUCCAAAGGAUGUUCUUCAGUCUCUGUCAGAAGAAAACAUCACGUCUAAUUUUCACAGCUGGAGCUUGUCCGUGCAGAAUUACAGUAGCAAUGCCAAGCUCAAGCGUUUUUAUCGCGUCCUGACAACAAACACAGAUGGCAAGAAGGAGUUCGUUUCCACCAUGGAGGCAUAUAGGUAUCCCUUCUAUGCUGUUCAGUGGCACCCAGAGAAAAGUCCAUUUGAGUGGAUUGAUAAAGCUGGUAUGGUGCACACGCUCUCUUCCAUCAAAGCCACGUUCUACACCGCCCAAUUCUUUGUUUCUGAAGCGACGAAAAACCAACAUCAGUUUCCAACGCAAAGCGAAGAAGAAAAGGCUCUGAUUUACAACCACCAGCCCGUCUUCAAAGGCCUGAACAGCAUCUUCCUUCAAAACUACUACUUCGAUUGAGCGCUCGCAGUAUUUACCGUCGCAGAUGGGUUUUUUUUUACGUUUCGUUUUUAAAGCAUCGUUUUUAUUUCCGUCCUCCAGUUCGCCAAAACUCGAUGUGUGGAAUGCGUAGUAGCUCUUGAUUGUAGAUGUGAAGUGUUCUAGAACCAUCACGAUUGAAUGUAUUGUUAUAGUUAUAUCUAAUUCAGAAGUCACAUGCGAUAUCUUCUAGUGCCAUCGUUGAGAAGUUAAACGUGGUGAUGUUUCACAGGGUUCGCUAGCAUGACCAAUGCAAUGUUAAAAUGCUAUUACUUUGUCCAUUUUAGAGAAAAUAAAAUACAGAUUUAAACUUUUA